UUACUGCCCGAUGAUUGGCUCCCACGACAAUAAUAAUGUCCAUCGCUUUCUAUCAUUAACGACCAUCGAUCGUUUACUUAUGUGAAAAUUUCAUUUGUUUUUUUUGACAAUAAUGCAAGAAAAUAUUUCGUGCCAGUUUUUAUAUUGACGUUUCAUUAAGAAGAAAUCAUUGUAUUGUAAAUUACCUGAAAAAAAAAACAUGACUACGGCGCUUUAUCUAGAGCAUUAUUUGGACAGUUUAGAACAUUUACCAAUUGAAUUACAAAGAAAUUUUACAUUAAUGCGAGAUUUGGAUGCGAGAGCUCAAGGACUUAUGAAGGAGAUAGAUAAACUGGCAGAUGAUUAUUUAAAGAAUAUAAAGAAGGAAUCAACUGAAAAAAAGAAAGAACAGCUAUCUCAUAUUCAGAGUUUAUUUAAUAAAGCUAAAGAAUAUGGCGACGAUAAAGUUCAGUUAGCAAUUCAAACAUAUGAACUUGUAGAUAAGCAUAUUCGAAGAUUAGAUUCUGAUCUUGCAAGGUUUGAAGCAGAGAUACAGGAUAAAGCUUUAAAUAAUAGCAGAGCUCAAGAAGAGAGUACUUCUACUAAAAAAGGAAGGAAAAAAUUAAAGGAGAAAGAAAAACGAAAGAAGGGCACAGCAGGAGCUAGUAGCGAAGAUGAAUCUAAAAGUGCUAGGAAAAAACAAAAAAAAGGUGGUUCAGUUGCUUCAGCUUCUUCAGCUGGAGCUGUUGGAAGUGGUGCUCAAGUAGAUUCCACCACACUGGGUCAUCCUGCGGAUGUUUUGGAUAUGCCAGUAGAUCCCAAUGAACCAACUUAUUGUUUGUGUCAUCAAGUAUCGUACGGAGAAAUGAUAGGUUGUGAUAAUCCGGAUUGUCCUAUCGAAUGGUUCCAUUUUGCCUGUGUUGGUUUAACCACUAAGCCAAAAGGAAAAUGGUAUUGUCCUAAAUGUACACAAGAUAGGAAAAAGAAAUGAAUGCCAAAGGAUAAACAAUUGCAUUAAGCAAUUUU